AUGGCGUGGGGGUCGCCCCGGAAGGUUGCUGUUCUGUCUCAAAUUAUAUGGUUGCCCACACUCCUCAACCUCUCCGUCCUCGACCCGGGCUCCAUCUCCACCACUGUCCCCAAAUCCAUGGCCAAUUCCCUCUGGGAAAUCAGGACCAUUUCCUAUGCAGGGUGUGCUGCCCAGGUCUUCUUCUUUAUCUUCUUGAUGGCAGGGGAGUAUUUUCUUCUGACUGUCAUGGUCUAUGACCGCUACGUUGCCAUCUGCAAACCCCUGCACUACGGGGCCUUCCUGGGCAGCAGAGCUUGCACCAAGAUGGCGGCUGCUGCCUGGGGCAGUGGGUUCCUCUGUGCUUUGCUGCACACUGCCAAUACAUUUUCACUACCACUCUGCCAAGGCAAUGCCAUAAACCAGUUCUUCUGUGAACUCCCCCACAUCCUCAAGCUCUCCUGCUCCAACUCCUUCCUCAAAGAACUUGAGGUUCUUAUAGUUUGUGCUAUUGUAGGUUUGGGGUGUUUUAUUUUCAUUGUUCUGUCGUAUGUGCAGAUCUUCAGGGCUGUGCUGAGGAUCCCCUCCGAGCAGGGACAGCACAAAGCCUUCUCCAUGUGCCUCCCUCACCUGGCCGUGGUCUCCCUGGUUGUCAGCCCUGCCGUAUUCACCUACCUGAGGCUCCCCUCCACCUCCUCACCACUUCUGGAUCUGGGGGUGGCGGUUCUGUACUUGGUGGUCCCCCCAGCGUUAAAUCCCAUCAUCUACAGCAUGAGGAACCAGGAGCUCAAAAAUGCACUGAAGAAGCUGAUUCCACCACUUUUCUUUCAGCAGCAAUAA